AUGGCUACCCCUAGUGUCCUCGCUUUUGGUGCUGAGGGUCGGGCCAUUGACUUUGACGUCUGGAUAGAUGACCUGCAGCCUUUCUUACAGUGCGAUAGGGCGGACGGACUCUCUCUCUUUGACCUCACCUCUGGUGCCUCUCCUGCCCCUGCUGCUGAUGCUGACGCCACUUACAAGAGUGCUCAGACCUUGUACGACGCUGUAGUUGCACGCUACUCCUCCCCUGCCACUGCUGCACUGAGCCGCCUCAUGCUACCGUACCUCUUCCCUGACCUUGCUGCCUUUCCCACAGUCGCUGACCUCAUUACGCACCUCCGCACUAGUGACACUCGCUACCGCGCUGCGCUUCCUGCUGAGUUCUGCGCCAAGAACCCCCCCCCCCCCAUGUACAUCACUCUCUACUACAUAGUCACCCGCCUCCCUGACUCCCUUCGCAUAGUCAGGGACCACUUUCUCUCAGUCUGUUCCACCACUCUCACUGUUGACCUCCUCGAGAAGGCCCUCCUAGCAGCGGAGCAGAGCAUAGUCGCUGUAGGAGCCUCUCGUGGUGACCCGCGCACCCCCAUCUUUGAGGGGUGUUCCCUCUCCCCCCUUUUGCCCUCUAUUGCCUCUGCUGCUGCGGCCGACCUCAUUGGGCUUGAGUCGGUCGGUGCGGCGUCUACCCCUAGUGGGAGACGCCGCUCUGGCAAGGGCAAGGGGGGCAGGGGCGCUGGAGGAGCUAGCGGGGGCGGUGGAGGCGGCGGUGGAGGCGGCGGAGGGAGUGGGGGUGGCGGUGGGGGUGGUGGCGAGAGUGGAGGUGUCGGUGGCGGCAGUGGAGGCGGAGGCGGCGGCGGUGGCGGUGGGAGCGGAGGUGGUGGAGGUGGCGGAGGUGGAGGAGGCGGUGGCGGAGGAGGAGGAGGAGGAGGUCGUGGCUCUUCGCAGAGGAGUGGCUCCGGUGGUGGUCAGCGCCAGCAGCAGCAGCGCAGUCGGGAGACCCUGUCCCCACAGUAG